GUCAAAAGUUAUGAAUCAUAUUGCUCAGUAAUUGGUAGGAUUAUCCAAAUAAUUAAAAGCAGGUCUCAAAAAUUAAAUGGUUUAAGUGUACUAUCUCCCAAGGUUUGAGGUUUGAAACAAUAAUCCAGAUUACCGUGUAUAUUUAAUUGUGGACGUUACUGAUAGUUGAUUGGUUACGUCUGUUCACUUAUGCUGUCAGUUGCACAAUGGUGUUCUUAAUUCGCUCGUAAUCCGAAGAAUAUUGCAAACUGACCAUUAAAAUUUUUCGAAAAGAACUUUCUCCCACUAGUAUGAGCUGUCACAUUCAAGCCAGUGAUAUAAUCGCUUCUGGUGAAAAGUUCGUAUGGGUUAGCAGAAAAUCUCUUCCAUGUAAAAUGGUUAAAACGGAUUUUAGUGUAUGGUCAUUUGUGAAACAAUCCAUUGGAAAGGAAUUAUCUAAAAUCACUAUGCCAAUCAUUCUUAAUGAACCGUUAAGCUUUCUACAACGUGUUGCUGAAUACAUGGAAUAUUCCGAAUUACUAGAUCAAGCAGUUGGAGAGAAAGAUCCUAUUAAACGUAUGGAGCUUGUAUCAGCAUUCGCUGUAUCUAGUAUGUCAUCGAAUGCUGGUCGUGUUGGUAAACCAUUCAAUCCAUUGUUAGGUGAAACUUACGAAUUACACUACAGGAAUUUUGUAUUCGUUGCAGAACAAGUAUCUCAUCAUCCACCAAUCACAGCUUUUCAUGUUGAAUCAGAUAAUUAUAGUCUACGUGCUACUCUACAAUUUAAAUUACGUUUUUGGGGUAAAUCAAUUGACGUUCAACCGAAAGGAUUAGUUACAUUACAAUUAUACCAUUUUAAUGAAUCUUAUACAUGGCAAAAUGUCAAUUUAACAAUACAUAAUAUAUUGACUGGUAAAAUUUGGGUAGAACAUACUGGCACAUUGCGUAUCACUAAUCAUUCGUUAGGAUUAUAUUGUCAGUUAGAAUUUCAUCCAUCUAAUUCGUUUGGACAUGGUUGUAAUCGUGUUGUCGGUGAAUUAUAUGCUCCAUCAACAUUAGAUAAAACGCAGGCAGUUUCAGCUUCAAAUACAUCUCAUAAUACUACUAUUAAUACUAUCAGUAAAAAUAUAUUUAAUCAUCAUAAUAAUUCAUAUGUAUUAAAGAGAAUAAUUUUUGGUAAUUGGUCUCGUGGUUUAUUCACAGUCGAACCGAAUGUUUGGAAUGAAAAGGAGGAAAUCAUUGAUCCAAAGAAAAACAGUAAUAACAACGAUAAUAAUGAUGCUGAUGGACAAUCGACCAACAGCUCUGAAUGUAUUGAAUCAGUGGAUUAUGGAUUCGAAAUACCACUAACUGGGCAACGUUGUCUAUGGAUUGCUACACCGAAACCAAUUAAUUCAAAGGACUAUUAUGAUUUCACACAGUACACAAUGGGUUUAAAUGAAUUAACAAUCUGUAAAUCGACAAUGAGUAAUGAUAAUAUAACUGAUAAUCAGAAAAAUUCAAGCGUGAUCAUGUCGAAUUGUACAAAUAACAUUAGGGAAGUAAUUCCAUGUCAAGAAAAUUCAAUGUAUGAACAGUUUCUUCCACCGACAGAUUCCAGAUAUCGUCCAGAUAUACGUUUAUUUGAAAUGGGUCUUAUUGGCCCUUUGGAUUCCACCAUCAGUACAAACCAUAAGACGGCUAAAGAUUUACCAGGUAAAGUUAUAUAUGGCACUCCUCGAUAGUGCACAUUCACAUCUCAUGAUCAGCACUUAACCUUUACAUCACUGAGCACGACGUCCCAUUGUUUACAUGUGUAACUUCAAUCGAUUCGCGAUAUCCCUCCACCACUAGCCAAUGCCGUUGAUGAUGUUUGUUUCACUCCCCAAAUAAUUAAAGUGUACUGGUUGCUGUCGCUCACUUGGACUCUGAGAUUUUUAGUGAUCGUUAUAUUUCAUAGUUUGUAUCACGGCUUGGUCUUAUUCAGGUUAAAAACUCACCACGAAAUCUAAAGGUUCUUAGUUCGAUUCCCAGUGUGGUCAUGGACGCACAAUUUCCAGGAAUCUUAUACUAGGACGAAGCACCCUCCUCGUGUUUCCUAUUUCUCAGUGGUUGUAGUGUGAAGUUAAGCUUAAAUGAUCCUUAGAAUGACGAUGUGAUUUUGAAGCUACAUUUUAAUUAAUAAUCGGUAAGUCUGUAUAGAUCUAAAGUAAUUCCUGAUAGGUGAAAUUAAAAACUGCUAGAGUUUAAGGGUUUUAAGAAGUGCAUUGGUUUCACAAGGGUUUUUCCCAUUUUUCCCAUUUUAAUUCUGUAGGAAUGUCUCUGUAUAACAAGGCUCGUUCGAGUUUGAAUAUAUUUAUCUGUCUGAGUCACAAAAAUAGCUCUGUAAAAUGUUCAUCAUCUACGAGAUCUGCAUCGAAUUCUCUGAAAGCUUACUGAGGUGAAACCAUGCGAGAAACAUAUCUGCCACCUUAUCUAUAUGAAUACAUCCUAUGUAAAAACUGUUGUCCGUUUUAACAUUCCUACUUCACUAGCUCACUUAUUAUCCCAUGAAUCAUUAGUAAAAUGAUUAGUCUCCGAGUUUUACUGCAAAUAACGUGAAUUUUCAGCAACAUCUGGUCGAUUCAUGUGUGAUGUAAAAUCUCUCCGUGAAAAAGCAAGCAACUGGUACAUUUAAUAUUUAAUUCUAUAAUAUCAAAAAGAAUUUUUCCUAGCACUUCUAAACAGUCUGAGCACUAUCGAAAAAAGUUACUCAUUUUUUAUGCUUAUUUAAAAACCUAAGAAUUAUUUUCUUGAAUUUGCUUGGCUCGAUCUCAUACUAUGCCCCAAAUGGCUUGGUACGCCCGAGGCUGGGGGGGUUGCUCUUCCUAUCGAAAUACCUUCUCAUGGCCACACGUAUACAGCAAUUACCAGGGAAAUUCUACCCAUUACCCCACACCACGUGUGUUGUUUACUAAAUUGAGAGGAUGAAAAGCGAAUGUCCGGCACUUUAACCGGGAUGGUGGAUAUGGAGGAUUUCCCUAGGGGAGUUGGAAAACACUGAUUCCAAACCAAUAGUGCACAUGGGCUCCAGUGUCCUGAAGGAACAAAAAAACAUUUGAACCUAUUGUUGGUCACCCGCGACCAUGAGACUGCAUCUCCUAAAGUUGCUCCAUCGGCUUAUGAAUUAGACAUUUAGGUUAAAGGCUCAGAAAGUGGCCUACUAAUAAAACCAUCUGGUUCACUUUGGGCACCUGGACAGUAUUCCAGCCUUCACACAAAUCGGAUGACGAAGUAAGAUACAUAUAUAUUUGGUGUUUCAUUGCAUCAAUGUUUAUGUGUUUAUAUAAAUAAAUAAAAUAAAUACACUACAUUAUUUUCUCUUGUCCUUCCCUUUAAAUUCCAUUGGUUCUUUUAUGUAUAUUUUUUUCUUUCAGACAAAGCAGCUAGUGAAAAAUUA